CAAAGGGAAAUGGAGAGAGAAAGAAUAAACAGGGUUAUGAGAAACCCUUUCCAAAGAGGGAGGGUGGAUAAGAAGAGGACAGUAAAGAAAAUGAAAGAAGUUGUGAGGAAUGGGAGAUGGGUUGGGUGGCUGAAGUUUCGCACAUCAUCACAAGUUCUAGACCACAUCAUCUAGGUUGAAAAAUUCAAUAAAAAGUUGCUUUCGACACAACGGCCUUCUGGGAACUGAUACAGGUUUGAGCUUUCUGUGAAAUAAGAAGAUUCAGAGCACCUUUUCUGAGGAUAACUGACUGAGGAAGAUGGAUGAAAAUGAGUCCGCAGUCAAGAGCUUGCAACCCUAUUGACCUUCAAUCUGCCAGCAGUGGGCCAAUGACCAAGCCUUCAGAGAGAAAGCUUGUGUGUGUGUGUGUGCUUUUAUAUAUAAUUUGUAGAACAUGAAGUCUACAGUACCGAGAAGAAAAAACGGAUCUGCAGUUAUUAAAGCUUUCAAAACCAGGCAAAGCUAUAGAUAUGGGGCAUGCCAUGUAUCCCAAAAUGCUACGCUGUUGAUGGAAGCCCAUGCUCAUCUAACCAAUGGCUUGCAAUCAAAAGAGAGACUUCUGUUACUUUUCACAGAUUCUCUUAUCAUCGCCAAAACUAAGUCUUUAUAUCUGAAACUUAAAGCUUGUGUAAGACUCUCAGACAUAUGGCUAGGGUCCUGUAUUCAUAUCAUCACCGACAGGAAGGUCACAUCCAAGAACUCGUUUGUGAUUGGCUGGCCAACCACUAAUUAUGUUGCCACUUUUAGUUCAUCAGAAACAAAGGACAGAUGGUUGGAAGCUCUUCAGUGGCACACCAGCAGAGUCAGGCAAAGAGUCUUGCCAAAUGCCAUUCUUCUCUACGUCCUUCUGCUCUGCCACCCAGAUGACGACAGUCCAGCGACCGUUGCUGUGGCGGUGGAUGUGAGCACCACAGCCGAAAAUGUGGUUGAUUACAUCCAGCAACAGUGCAAACUGAUGGGUGAAGCCUCGGACUACCAGCUGUGUGUGAAUUAUGAAAAAGAAGAGGAAACAUGCACUCUAAUUGGCCAUGAGCUUCCAUUCUUCAUCCUCCAUCAUUCCUUGCAAGGUCAACAACAGCAUCAGCAUGCACCCAGUGAGCAACUGCAGGAAAUGUUUAGUGCUGCCCAGCACACAGGGGCCACAAAAACGCCUCACUUCAUCCUUAAAUCUAGGACACACACUCCUGGUACUUUGCUGAAACACAAAAGAAAGAGGUCUCUGAUUGAUUGGGCUCUAAGGAGGGGACACUUUAACCAAUCGGAUGACCAUGUCGAGCAACACACCACCUCUCAAAAGCUAUUCGGACAGUCUCUUUCCUCAAUCUGUACUAAUGGAAACCUGCCCAAGCCGAUAACGGACUUGCUAUACCUUCUGUUCUGUGAGGGUCCAGAGACGUGUGGAAUAUUUCGACGUUCCGCGAAUGCAAAAAACUGCAGGAUUCUAAAGGAGCGAAUUAAUUCUGGGAAAAGCUUUUCACUGCAUAAAGAAUCUGUGUUCAUCUCUGCAUCUCUUAUUACAGAGUUUUUACGUGAACUGCCUGGUGGUGUGUUAUGUUCUGACCUCUAUGAAGACUGGAUGGAAGUUCUCCAGAUUGAGGAUCAACAGCAAAAACUUUAUAAAGUCCGAAGUUUGCUCUCCCAGCUGCCGGAGGAGAAUGUAACCUUGUUGUGUCACUUGUUUGGAGUGCUGUACAGAAUACACAGCCACUCUCAUGUAAAUUUGAUGACAGCAACGAACUUGGCCCUCUGCGUCGCACCCAACAUGCUCUGGAAAUCAUCCCAGAUCAGUCCUGAGCAGGAGGGAAAGAACACAUUGCAGGUUGCCCAGCUCAUCCAGUACCUGAUAGAAAACACUUCCAGCAUAUUUGGAGAGGAUUUGCAGAGUCUGUUCACUAGGCGGUUGAAUUCAGAGCAGGAAACACAUGAAUGCACAGGUGACUCGUAUCUUCACCACUCCUCUUCGGAAGACACAGAUCAAGAUUAUUUUGCAUCUCCUCCUCUCUCACCUGAAGUCCACCCCCUUUAUCUCCCUCUGGCCACACUAUCUCUCAAAGAGAGGGGGAAACCACGCCUCUUUCAUAUUGAUAGGCAGUCAUCACAGGGAACGUACAGCUGUGGAACACUGGAUUCAAUUACAUCACAUUCCAGUGCAUCUGUAAGCAUGCUGGGAGUCGGUAAACUUAGCCAAACACGCGACCGAUGCCUCUCCGAGCCUUCCAUGUAUUCUCCGAAACCUAAAAUGCGGAUACCAACGCAUUCACCUGUUAUCCGACAAUCAAGUUUUGAUGCAGCUGUAAUAGACAGCCAAAAUGAGAAAUCAGGGGGCUCCAUGGGGUUGAGCCCAGAGCAACAUUUGAAUAAUUCUUCGAUGGGAACAAGGCGACGACGUUACACUUUCUGGAAGUCCCCACAGAUCCCUAGCCGCUUUAGGCAUCCUGCACAAAAACUAGCCAGCAUGUCAAGCCUGUCAUCCGCUACCACUUCCUCUCUUAGCUCAUUGGAUAGCACGCUCUCUCUGAGCUCUGCCGAUCCAAUUCCAAGCCCCCAAGAUACACAAUCCCGUCCUUUUCUGUUUGGGGCUUCUGCUAGACUGCGACCUCUUACCCCAGAGAUGACAAGGAAACGAUGGACAAAUGCUUUUACUUAUGAAGAGGAGGAGAAGGUAAACACAUGGGGUGAGAGAGAUGAGGAACUAAAACAUGACAGAGAGUUGGAAGCAUCUUCCCAUGAAAGUGGUGCGGAGAGAGACGAAAGCGUGGACACCGCAAGCUCUAAUAUUACAGAGAUUAAAGCACUACAACAAUGCGUGUUGUUGACAGAUUGUCAGAGUCUUGCUGAGAGUGUGUGCAGCAUGGUAUUUGCUAUGAAUCCAUUGAAGUCAUCUGGCGCAUGCAAGACAGGACAUGGAGUGAAUUUGCAAGCAAUUUCGCAGAAGCCAUGCUGCAUACAGACAGUCCCACUGGCAAAGCAGAUUGGUAAUGAGAUACAAGAAUUCGAUUUGAUACGAACACCCGCGGAUGCACCAGCAGCAACACAAAGGCAAACUACUGCAGAAAGAGAAAACUCUGACAGUUAUGUAAAUGCACACACAAAAAUGCAAGCCUCAAGUGGACAUAAAGUGAGCAGGAUGAAAAUAACACUUUUCCCUUCUGUAGGAAAGUCGAUGUUGAAACAUUGUAAGGUCAGAGAUCAAACUUCAAAGUGUGUCCCUGUGGGAGCGAAGCAGGUCGUGGGGCAGGAGUUUACUAAACAUGUGGAGGGAAAAGGGCGGGAGUCAGUUCCCCAAACACUUUUUUAUGGUCAGGAUGUUCCGCUAGUGUUGUGUUCUGAACCAUCCCAUCAAAUGGCACUUCAGGUGAAAACACGCCGUCCUUCUCUUGAACAUGUAGGCAUGAAGGAUGCUGGGUUGGGUGGUGGAGCUGAUGUUAGCACGAUCAAUAAUAGCCUUAGCAAAGGUGUAGAAGAGAACACUAUCCGGGCUAGCAAGUUUGCAGGAACUUUCCGCCACACUAUAUGCAUCAAUGCACGCAACAGAGGGCCAGCGCAGAACAAACCGUUACCAUAAUUGAUUUUUUAUGUAAUCCUAUACUUUAAUUUGAAAAUGCUUUUAGAUAUCGAGUAAAACUUUAAAGCCUGCGGACGUGUUGCUUCUUGUGGACAGGAGAUUGGAACCGUGCAUGUUUUUUGAAUGAGGUGUAGUAUUGGCUACAGAAAUUUCAAGUUGUGAGGUUUCUCUUUAAAAAGGCAUCUUGCAGAGCGAACCCGCAGAGAAGCGAGUGCUACAGCUGUGAGAAUAAAAAUAAUUCAUUCCUGGGGGAAAAGCGGGAUUGGCAUGCUACAUGCUGGCAAUGAUGCUAUUAAAAGAUUUUUCUGAGGAUACAGAGCAGAAAGAAAAAAUAAAUAAAUAAAUAUUAACAGAGAGUUUGAUUAACAAAACUAUUAGUACAUCGGAAAUCAACAAAAAGUGACAUGACUAGAGGCGGACACUGCUUGAGUACUUUGAAUAAAUUUUCCAAGCAUCUGUGCUUUAUCAGUGUUUGACUUGGGGAAAAAUUACUUUACUUUCCUAAAAAAUGUUCACUACAUUCUAAAGCAUAGAAUCAUAUUGUAUAUUCAUUUUAUAUUGCAUAUUAAAAUUUAUUUAAUACAUAAGAAUUGUGCACAAAAGUACUUUUUACUUAUGUAAAAAACACUAGAUGUUUAAUGUACUUAAAUAUGUAAUAAAAACCAAAAACUUGAAAUUAUGAAAUGUAGUGGAGUAAAAAUUAUGAUAAUAUGCUUUGGAAUGUAUGUUUUCCAAAGAAAAACACUGAUAAAAUAUGAAUAUGUGAAAAUUAGCUUUUAUGUAGAAAGUAAAAAUACUUAAGUAGUGUCUGCCUCUUGUGCCAGAACAUUCAAAGAAAAAAACAUUAUGGCAAUCAUGAUUUCUUUCUCUUGAGGUAUAGAUUUUUGGGCACUUCAAGGUCAAAUGAUAAACUGUGGACAUUAUGAUAAUAAAACAAAGGGGAGAUUUCUCCAUGGAGACAGUGGGGAAAAAGCCCAUACGGCCAAAAAACAUAAUAUAUACCAAAUACAUUUUGUAGAAAAUGUAAUUAAAUACUUUUUUUAAAUGUUAUGUUUACAGGUUAUAACCAUAUUUUUUUCUUCCAAUGCGACAUGAAUAUAAAUGCUUUAAAUAUAUUUAUUUUUAAAAUAUUUUUCAAAAAAAUAUAUUAGUGAAAAAUUAUUUUUUUAGACAUAUUUUAAAAUAUAUUUCAGCAAAUAUAAAUAUAUUUAUAUUUAAAAUAUUUUAAAAUAUAUAUAUUUUUUCGCAUUAAAGGAGGCUGUGACAAGUUCUGUUUGUGGUUAGUGUGUCAUUGAUAAUGAUUUUAAUAAUGAGAAUAAUGUUUUUUUCUAUGCAAUAGUAUUGCUUUCCAAGCUCUUAUAUCAUUUGUUGGAGUAGGGGAGACCGGGGAGUGUUGUAACACAGGGUCAGUUCCUUGUCAGUUUGACCAAAUACAAAGGAGCCGUGGUGAUGUAAACAACAUCUCCUUGUUGAAUUUACAUGUCUGUCAGCAAGAUUAUCAUUUUUUUUUAUUGAAUUGUAGAUACAAUGAAGAUAUUGUACACAGACGCCUUUAAAAGUUAAGCAUUAACUAACAUUAUAUUUGUCCACAAUUGAUAUCGAUUAACACGAAUGCUAACACAAAAUUUGCAUCUGGAAGUAGACUCUGUCUGACUAAGCCUGUGCUAUUGAAUGUGUAAGUCUGGUGACACAGAGAUUCUCGCCCAGUAUGCGACCCCCUUUACUUUAAUUUGAUGCUUUUGUAAGAUGGUGUCAAACCCUGACAAAGGGUAGCUGUAUACAGCCCCCAAAUGGCUGGAUCCACAGAGAGCCAUUUUCGA